GCAGAGUAGGCACUUCCACUUGGCUCUGACUCGUCUCCCCAUCCACAUCUGAUUGUGGUACAAGAAUCUACCUUUGGAUGUACUGCCUGGUCAUCCCUGUUGGACUAACUACGCUGCUUCAGGAUCCAGGUUCACGAUUGAGUAUACCCAACAAAGAAUACAUUUUAAGUAAAAGAUAGCAGCUGGAAAGAAGGGUUUAAAAUGCCGUUCAAAAAUGGCUUGGAGUUGACUGAAUUGCAGAAUAUGCACACUCCAGAGGAUGACAACAUCAGCAAUGAUUCCAAUGACCUUAAUGAAGCAGACAGCCAUCGUAUCAGCAGUAAAUUUAUUGCGGAUCGUGAAAGCAGAAGAAGUCUUACUAACAGCCACCUGGAAAAAAAGAAAUCCUGCGAUGAUUAUAGUCCAGGGACAACGUCCAUUGGAAUGUCUGUCUUUAACUUGAGCAAUGCAAUUAUGGGGAGCGGCAUUCUUGGCUUGGCUUUUGCUUUGGCAAACACAGGAAUAGUCCUGUUUGUGCUACUCCUAAUUUCAGUGACUCUGUUGUCUAUCUACUCUAUAAAUCUCCUACUGAAAUGUUCCCAGGAGACAGGCUGUAUGGUGUAUGAGAAGCUGGGAGAGCAAGUAUUUGGCACCCCGGGAAAAUUCUUGGUCUUUGGAUCAACUACACUUCAGAACACAGGAGCAAUGCUGAGUUAUUUGUUCAUUGUAAAAAAUGAAUUACCAAAUGUUAUCAAAUUCCUGUUUGGAAUCGAAGAUACAUCAUGGUAUCUGGGUGGACCAUUUCUUCUGGUUAUUGUAACUAUUGGAAUUAUACUUCCGCUGUGUCUUCUCAAGAAUUUAGGCUACCUUGGCUACACCAGUGGGUUCUCCUUAACCUGUAUGUUCUUUUUCCUUGUGGUGGUUAUUUACAACAAAUUUAAAAUUCCAUGUCCAUAUCUGAUUGUUAAUGGAACCAUAAUUAGUCCUCAAAAUACAACUGCAGAUGGAGAGUGUACACCAAAGUAUUUCACAUUUAAUUCCAAGACUGCUUAUGCAUUGCCAACACUUGCAUUUGCAUUCGUGUGUCAUCCGUCAGUCCUUCCCAUAUACAGCGAGCUCAGAGAUCGCACCCAUGAGAAAAUGCAGCAAGUUUCCAAAAUUUCAUUCUUCUCAAUGUUUCUUAUGUAUCUUCUUACUGCCAUAUUUGGCUAUCUGACUUUUUAUGAGAAAGUGGGAUCUGAACUUCUUGGAACUUACGAAGAUAAAUCAGAUGUUCUCCUACUGACUGUACGCCUGGCUGUCAUAAUUGCAGUCAUACUUACUGUACCAGUGUUAUUUUUCACUGUUCGAUCGUCAUUGUUUGAACUGGCUCGAAAGACAAAAUAUAUAUUCUGGCAGCAUUCAUUAGUGACAGUAAUCCUUCUGGCUAUAAUUGACUUACUUGUUAUUUUCAUACCAGCAAUGAAAGAUAUUUUUGGAGCUGUAGGAGCCACGUCUGCUAAUAUGCUGAUAUUUAUUCUUCCCUCAAUGUUAUACUUGAAAAUUACAAAUGGUAACGAUUCUUUGGCCAAAGAGAGAUUUUGGGCAUGUGCUUUCUUUGCACUUGGGUUGUUAUUCGCCAUGGUGAGCAUUCCUCUUGUGAUAUACGACUGGGUUCAUUCACCAAAUAAAGAUGGAAGCUGAGCUUCUCUACAAGGUGUCCUCUUGCCACCACCGCAACCAUUGUUUUAAGGGCACAAAUAGGCAAUAGUUUGAGGGGACAAACCUUACUAUACCUCACUGGAUUUCUCUGCAGCAUGUUUUUUCUUAUAUGAAUACUAUACUCUGUACCAUACUCCUUACUAUCAUGUAUCAUUUCUUUCACGUUAUGCCCUUCACCAAUCGGAUUUCUAUUUUCUGAUGAGUUCUGUAAAUUGUCUCAAGUAUAUCAUCACAGUUUUCACCAAAUUGUGUUUACAAGAAAAAAAAAAUAUGUCUUUAUCAACAACAUACCAUUUUUAAGCCGUACCCACCAUAUACAGUCAUACUCCCUAUAGUAUAUUUAUUGAUAACUUGCUUCAACUUUGGAACCAUCUCCAGGGGUAAUGGAUUGCCAUUGGUUAUGAAAACCUACAGUGUUAAUCCAACUGGUAUUAUUCUUCUAAUGGAAAUUAGCAUGGAAAUGGUAAUUGGUAUAUACAACAGCUUGGUUCCAGUCCACUGAACCUUUCUUUUGCCAUUGAAGAGCAUGAUCCAAUAAUGACAGAAUUUACAGUAAAAAAAAGUCAAAUAUUUUAAACUAGGAUAUUAACUGCAAAUGAUAGAUGUGGGUUGUCCAGGCUAGGAGCCGACAACCCAAAUGGUUGGAAACCUGUACCUAAUAAAACAAAGUCUACUCAUCUUUCUGCAGCACCACUGUCCACUUCCCGGCUGUUUCCAGUCCCUGCAGGACCAGAAGUGGCUUUGUCCCAUGAAUGCUACAGCCAAUCAAUAAUCUCAACUUCGCAUGUGUUUGAAUGGCAUGUCGCGGCUAGUGACGUACUAGAGCAUGCUGUUCUAGCACAUGUGAAUGCUGAGGCCAGUGAUUGGCCUCAGUGGUCAUGGGACCAUGCCACUUCCUUUCCGGCUGUGCCCAGAAGUGGAUGGGAAAUUACAGUGGAGCAGGAAUGGCUUUGCUGCAGAAAGGAGAGUGUGGCACCUGUUCCGACCAUUGGCAUUGUUGUUUCCUAGGCUGGACACGGUAUAUCCAUCUCAAUCAUUCCAAAGGUGUCUGAUCCCAUAAAUAUUAUGUUAAAAAGUGAUGCAGUGUGAAUAUGUUCUAGAGAUGGACUAGUAAUAGAUUUGAUAUCUGGGUCCCUUGCUAGAUGAAGCAAUGUAUCGGCAACUGAAAUUUUUAAUGCCUAGUGUACUGUAUAUGGACUUAUCCGUGCUUACAUUUUUACAAACAACCAUGCCGUCAUAUUCCACCUUUACCAAAUUGUCACUAAUCUAACAAAUUUGUUAGCAAGAAGUAGGGAAGAAAUGUAAGGUAGUAUAACUGUAAGAUCAGACUAUACGGGUUUCGAUGUCUGCAACCAUGGAGACGGGUUAACUUACAUAGGAAAUGUAGGAUUUUUUUUUUUUUUUUAUUAAGUCCAUUUGAAAAUUUGCUUUAUUUUUCAUUUUAGAUACAUUGAGACAAUUUAAAGAAUUUAUGACUUUUGUUGUACAAUGUCUUGGUAGAGGUCACAAAUGGCAUUUGAGCCAAUAUAAAUGCUUGUUUCCAGGAACAAAACAAUCUAAUUGAUGAAUAGAAAAAAACAUGGCUAAGGCUACAUGCCCACGAACGUUGUUUGUUUCGUGUACCUUUGUUUUUUUUUUUGCAGAUAGGAUGCGGACCCAUUAAUUUCAAUGGGUCCGCAAAUGUCCGCACCAGUAUCUCCGUUCCGUAGCCCCACAAAA